CAUGCUUGCUAUAAGAUCAUGUUUUGCAUGGGGUUGAUCGACAUCUCGAGUGUCGUACCUAACGCUUUGCUAGCUGGGUAUUACCUCUUGGUGGGUGGAUCUGCCUGCACGUAUCCGUUGCUGAACAUGUGGCUGGGUUUUGUGGCAUUUUCAUUCUGGUGCGGGUACUCGGGCAUGUCGGUGUUGUUGGGCUUGAAUCGAGCCCUGGAUUUUGAGUUUCCGAGGCUGGCUGAGACCCUGUUCUCCGGCUACCGCGUCUACGUCUGGAUCCUCUGUGGCCCGAUAGCAUUUAUUCUGUACGUCAUGAUAACCAAUGUCCCCUGCGUGUUCAACCCCAUCCUAGCCGGCUACUUUUUCGAGAUCAACAUCUUCAAGCCGAUGAUGCCAAACACGGUGCAUCUGUUCAACAAUCUCGGCGUUACGACCUGCUCGAUCAUUUUAAACAUGAUGAUGGUGACCUUUCUAUUCAAAAUGACUCGAAAAGCUGCCGGAGAUACGGCUGUGACCCGUAUGCAGCGAGUGGUGGUAAUCCAAUGCCUCCUGAUCUGCUCGAUGAUGAUGACGGCGUCGGCCAUCUACUGCUUGAUGCAAUUUAUCCCGGUUCCACCCUCUUUUGUCAUUGGCUCGACAAUCAUGUGGCAGUUUUCGAAUGGGGCCCCCGGCAUCAUCUACCUGAUCGUCAACAAAUCGAUGCGCAAGGCCUAUUUCUCGACGUUCUUUGGGUGGAAGACGAAGCUGAAGGUAAACGUCAGCACGACCAGCAACAAUUCGGCGAAGAAUCUGGUGGCCGCAAUUACUCCUGUGGCCCAAGAAGGUCAAGCUCAACCGGAAGCCGUUGAGGAGCAGAUCAAACCCGUGAUUGAGGAUGAC